AUGGCGAUUGGCUGCGCAGUUGGCCCCUGGGUGAGCCCUGACUUGGAUGCAGACUUCGCCAGUCGGGCGGAAUGGCACCCAGGGGACGUCAUCGAGAUUCAAUGCCGCGACGAUUAUAACAAUGACCAAGGCAAAGGUUUAUUGGUCGUCGCCGGCUCUGGCGGGAAGGCCCGCCUAUUCGAGGCCACCAUGCUGUCCGCGGAGAACGAAUAUUACUCAUGGUGGAUGUUCUCCAAGGGUGGCCACCCCAAUCCGGGGUUGUACCGGCACGCUGCCGGGAAAGGUGACGACGAGGAGAAGUUGUUCAAGCGCGCGCCGGUUGUCCCGGUUCGCAAAUGGAGGCUGCUGAACACCAACACCCGGGAGCCGGACCUCAGUGCAGCUUCCUGGGUCCCUCGGCGCACGCAUGAGAGCUUGCUGGAGAAGAUCGCGAACCUUCAGGUGGCCUGCGCUCCCGCUACCCCUCCUGCCGGCGGCCGGACUCCGAGCCGCGAGCCGCCCUUGCCGCCGCCGCUGGAGCCCCCUCCGGACCGCAGGAGCGCCCCGAGGGCCGCGCGCCCGGUCCUCCUCGAGGGACCUGGUGGCGGCGUCGCUGGCGACCUCGACGCUCUCAGGUCCAGCCUUGCAGAGGACCCGGAGGGGCGGCUCCAGCGGCCUCGGCGCGACGGUCACUCCCGCAGCGCGGCUCGCGCGGCAGACCGCGGCCAGCGCGACGGGGACCGGCGGCGGGACCGCAGCCUCGGCCGGCGCGAGAGGAGGUACGGCAACGAGGACAGGAACAACAGGGACACGAGGGAGGACCGCGGGGGCGCAGAGAGGAAGGCCGCCCGCCGCGUCUUCGCCAGCGACCCGCGGGAGUACGAGAGGGCCCAGAAGAAGAGGCGGCGCUCGCGCGAGCCAGAGCGCCGGCGGCGCCGGGACUCUCGCUCCAGGCACCCAGGGCGUCUGGCCACGCAGCUCCUCCAGCUCAUGGAGGACACCGUGGGCAGGGACGGGGAGGCGAGGAGCUGGGACAAGGACGACGCGCCGGCGAGCGCCAAGAGCUACUUCAUCCACGUGCUGCGCCCCACGACGGAGAAGACCAGCUCCUUACGCAACGUCCGGGAGAUGCACACCCUGGCUGUCAUCCUGGACCACCUCGCCCUGGGCCGCACGCAGGCUGCAGCAGACGUUGCGGCGCAGCGUCUGAAAGCGUUGGAGCUCGCGUCGACGACGGGGGAUUGGAACAAGGCCCAGUACCUGGAGCUGGUCCCCCAGGAGGGCACCAACCUCGUGAGCAAGAGCGAGGAGUACCUGACCACGAAGGAGGUGGAGCUCCACCAGCGCCUGCACGGCCGGGGCAAAGGCGGCUCCUACGAGAACGACUGGAGCAACUACGCCAGCAGCAGCAGCAAGGGCGGCAAGGACAAGGACAAGGACAAGGGCAAGGGCAAGGACAAGAGCAAGAAGGACAAGGGGGGCAGGGGCAAGGCUUCCUGGAGGCGCUGGCUCGACGAGGCAGGCGGGCACGCGGCGAACACCUACGAGGCGCUCCACGUCUUCGCCGUCGGGGCGGGAUUCUCGCCGGGUCGCUUCGGUGAGUUCUCACGGGCCAUGGGGGCAGCUCGGUCCGGCUGCGACCGCGGAGAGGGCAACUCCACCGCCCGCGCUUCGGGCGCUCCGCCCACGGCUUCACUUCGCGAGCUGCUUCCUGUGUGCCCGGCCCUCGCAGCGAAGUACUUCGCCGAGCUCGCCCGCGUCGGCGCCGGUGCGACAGCGCCCAGCGGCCGCCCGACGGAGCCCGACGGCGCCCGACGUCCUUCCGACGACGCCGCCGCCGUUACGACAGCGCCCGUGGACCGCCCGACGGCGCCCGGCGGCGCCUGGCGCCCUCCUGACGCCGCCACCGGCGUUACGACAACGUCGUCUUCGCGCGGCCGCCAGGCGCUUGGCCGAGGUCCCGGCGGCUUGCGCCUCUCUUGGGCCUGCUUCGUUGUUGACGCUCUCAACUUCUUGGCAUGCGCCGGGUGGUCCAGCGCGCCCACGUGCGCGCGUGCGCCGCCUCUCCUGAGCGCUGCCCAGCGCUGCUCCCUCGAUCAUAUCUGGGGGGCGGUAUGCCGCUUCCUGGACAUCCCUGCCGCGGCGUACGGUCUGCGGGCUGCCAGGGACGACAUGCUCCACAGGAAGCUCGGGUACCACGGGGAGGUGGUGUCGAGGAGGCGCCAGCUCAUCUGUGACAAAGUCCUUCCCUGCUGGCCUGCAGUGGGCGCGGCGUGCUUAUUCCCGGUAAUCGAUUUCGUUUCCGAGGAGUUGCGGGACGACUUAGCCGACCCCACUCGGUGCCUCCUUCCGCGGAGCGCGUGGCCGGCGAUCACCCCCGAGUCUCGGGUCCACGCCUCCGACGCUGAGUGGUACUCCCUGGUCAAAGCUGGCCACGCCAGGGGGCUCUUCGAGCAGGUGGCGGAGGAGGACCUCUUCCGGGAUGCGGCCGGCGUCCCAGUCCUCAACGGGGCUAUGGGGGUCGACAAGCUGAAGGAGGUGAACGGGGCGGUCGUCACGCUCCUUCGGUUCAUCUGCGUGUUCUGCCCGGUGAACGCCUUCUUUCGGCCUCUUCGGGGGGGUGCCGCUCUGCUCCCUUACCUCGGACAGCUGGGCCUGGUGCUUUUGGACGACGACGAGGUGCUCACGUUGGACUCCGAGGACAUGCAGAGCUGCUUCAACUUGUUCCGGAUGCCUGCCGCGUGGGCUGGGUACUUCGCCUUCGAGAAGAAGGUGCCCGCUUCGGCCUUCGGCGGGGACCCGGGCGAGAUGGUUUACGUCGCCAUGCGAGCCGUCCCUAUGGGGUGGCUCGGCGCAGUCGACCUCAUGCAAUGCAUGGCUCGCCGGUUCGUCUUCGACCUGUGCGGGGUUUCUCCGUCUACGGAGCUGCUCAAGAACGAGCCUUUGCCCGAGGGCGACAUCAGCAUCGUCUGCAUGGACGGAUUCGACUUCCUUCGGCGGGUGCGCGUGGUCCGGGACAACAUCCAGAGCCUCGAUUUUGAGGGUUCGGCGGAGCACGAACGUUUCGUCCAGGCAUGCUCGGCUCUUGGGCUACCAUUGAACGCGGGGAAGAGUUUGAUUAAGGGGCUCGCCGGGCAGAUCCUCGGGGGCGAGCUCGAUGGCAUCGAGGGCACGUUGGCGGUCGAGCGUUCCAAGGGCCACGUUCUUAUCGGGAAGGCGCUCGCUCUGUCGUGUCUUUCUGCCUGGCCUGCCGCCGCGGCCCAGCACUGGGUCGGAGGCUACUGCUUCGCAGCGAACUUCCGGCGCCCAGCCUACGCGGUCCUCCAGGAGCUCUUCACUUUCGUGGUCUCCGCCGAGCUCGCGCCGGGCGGCGUCCUCGAGCCGGAGCCGCAGGUCGUCGACGAGAUCAUUGUCGCCUCGGCUUUGCUCCCGCUUUGCUUCACCGACCUGCGAGCAUCGAUCCGGAACGUCGUCAGCUCGAGCGACGCUUCGGAAAGAGGCGGGGGGGCUUCUGAGGCCCGCUCGCUGAUCCCUGCCCUGGACCCCGGCGCGGCCGAGGCGCGCGGAGACAGGGCGGCGAAUCUCAAUGAGCAGCUCGGCAUGGGCAUCGAGGACCAGAGGAAGGAGGACGGUGAGGAGAAACGCUACGACGACGAGACGCCUACGAGGUGCAGUGCAUGCGGUCGGGCACCGAGGGCACGCAUGUUUCCUUGUCCUGCUCGGUGCAGCGCUUCCCUGUGUUCUGAGGGCUGCCUCAGACAGCACUUCGACGAGGAGACCGGGUGCCAGAAGUGCAUGUUCACGAUGCCGUACGCGGCCCUGUUCGGGUUCGAGACGGACGCCGCCGUGCCGACCGCCAUCCGCGCGAAGGGGGUCUUGGUUCGUACAUGCCCAGCGCCGCCGCGGUGCCAGAAGGGCGCCAGUUGCUUUCUGGAAGCCUGGCUGCCUGGAGGGUGCGAUCACCGAGACGACCGGUUCCGAGAGCCUGCAUGGCCAGCCGGAGUGCCGUGGGCACCACAGCGCACGCUCUUGCGUCUUCGCGCUUGGAACGCCGCUGUGGCGGCAGCAGUCGAUUCUCUCCAAAGUCGAAGUUCAGAAGGCAGACUCUGCUUGAUCUUGCACCCGUCUGGCAGUUGGCUGUGGCGGCAGCCCGGCGUGGAGAGAGCGGCCGGAAUGCAGGGAAUCUUAUCUUCGUGUUCUUGCACGUGCCGCUUUGGCUCGCAGAUCGGCACGCCCUUCCGGAUCUUGCACAACAGCGUGGAGUUGGACGCGCUCCUCGGCAAGGGAUUUUGCAUGUGCCUUCCUAAGGGCCAGGGCGCGUUCGCAGAAGACUUCCCCUUGAAGCUGGCUGACCUCCUGGCCGGAUGGGCCGCUGAGGGUGCCAUUGCUGCUCAGGGCGCCACGCUCCCUGCAGCGCCCUCAGAACAGCCUUUGUGGCUGGCGCGGGCCCUUGGCGAGGCCACUGCCCGGUUGCGUGGCCCGGAGGUGCAGCCCGAGGUAAUCGAUAAGAUUUUGAAGGUGAUGUCUACCAUGCGCCGAGGCUUCGAGGAGGACCACUUGAAGGCGAUGCUCCGGCAAGCCGACUACAGAGGGUCGGACGUGAGGCUCUCCACUCAGGCUCUCCUCGACGGCUGCAGGCAGGACGUGCCCUACCCGGCAUUUUGUUGGGAGUGGGCGACGGUGCAAAGCUACAGCUGGAAGCAUCAUCAGCACAUCAACGCACUAGAGUUCGCAGCGUUCUUGAACUACGUGCGGGCGCAGGCUGGGAGCAAAGACUUCCACAAGCGGCCGUGGCCGCGAUCUCUGGACGAGUUGGACGAGGAAGUCGGGGAAUACAUCAACCACCUCUAUUUGGACGACCUGCCACAGUAUUGGGCCAGCGACCUGGUCAGCGCAUUCAAGCGCCACUACCCGAAAUGCCGGCGGCACUUGGGAACAGCUGAGGUUUACCUCAAAAACUGGGCCCGGGUUACGGCCAGACGCCGGGCAAUCCCAGCUACUCGUGACCUCGUCCUCAGCAUGGCUGCGGCGGCGCUCAUCGAGGGCAAGGUCCGGCUGGCGUUCUGCAUCCUCCUCUCCUUCGUUGGCCUGCUUCGCGUCGGCGAGGUCGUUGGUGCCACCUCCCGGCAGUUCCGCCUCUAUGGCGGCGGCUCGCUCCUCACGCUUGCACUACCAGACAGCAAAGGCGCGAAACGGAGCGGGGCGUCUGAGCAGGUCACGUUUUACGACCCCCUGGUUCUCAAGCUUGCGGGCGCGAUCCUCCAGGACACCGGGCACGACGAGAAAAUCAUGGAUCUGGGCUACGCCGGCUUCGCGGCAGAGAUCGCCAGGUUGGGCCGGAUGUUUGGGAUGAGCUCACCUCGUUUCACGCCGUACUGCUUGAGGCGAGGCGGCGCCACCUGGCACUUUACCCGGUUCACGAGCUACGACGCGACGCAGCACCUCGGCCGGUGGACGCAGGCCAAGACUGCCAGGCAGUACAUCGACCAAGCGACGGCGGAGGCGACGGAGAUGAGAUUACCGGAUUGGGGCCUCAAGCGCAUCAGCCUCGCGGUGAAAUGCAUCGGCCAGCUGGUGGACGAGGCAGUUGCGAAGCACCCCCGUUCGCAGUCAAGCGGCGCCGCCGGAUUUCGGCCACGUUCGUAG